CUCACUUUUUUUUGACAACUAGUUGUUUUCUUUUAAAGGUUUGUUUAUGAGGUUUUAUUAAUUAUUAUUAAAUUGUGCCUUAAAAGACGCCCUCUUGGCACAAUUUAUAUAAAAAUGCCUCCAACUAUUCAAACUGGCUCCAAUCCCGUGGAAAAACGACCGGAAAGACCGACAAAACCAGUGGAAAAAAGAUCGGAACUGAUAUGUAAAGUGAAAUACUGCAAUACCCUGCCGGAUAUACCGUUUGAUCUUAAGUUCAUUUCAUACCCCUUUGAAUCAUCAAGGUUCAUCCAAUAUAACCCGACUUCCCUGGAGAGAAAUUACAAGUAUGAAGUGCUCACCGAGCACGAUUUAGGGGUGAACAUCGACCUGAUUAACAAAGACACGUACGCUAUUGAAUCUGGGGUGCAUUUAGACCCAGCAGAUGAAAAAUUACUGGAAGAAGACAUCCUUACACCUCAAGACUCCAAGAGGUCUCGACACCAUUCUAAAUCAGUGUCAUGGUUAAGGAAAACUGAAUAUAUCUCAACAGAACAGACCCGGUUCCAGCCGCAAACUGGACCAGAAAAGGUUGAAGCCAAAGUUGGUUUUAGCAUUAAAAAAUCAUUUAACAGCGAAACCCUUUACAUGGACAGAGACUCUCAAAUUGAGGCCAUUGAAAAAACAUUUGCGGACAGUAAAAUACCUAUCGAGAAACAUUAUAGUAAACCCAACGUGGUUCCCGUGGAUAUUUUACCAGUUUAUCCAGAUUUCAACUUGUGGAAAUAUCCAUGUGCUCAAGUUAUUUUCGAUUCAGAUCCUGCACCUAUCGGCAAAGGUGUACCGGCCCAAAUAGAGGAAAUGUCUCAAGCAAUGAUCAGGGGUGUGAUGGACGAAAGUGGAGAACAGUUUGUCGCAUACUUCUUGCCCACCGAGGAGACUUUGGCCAAACGAAGGGAAGAUUUUGCCAAUAAUAUACCUUACCAAGAUGACGAGGAGUAUGAGUUUAAAAUGGCCAGGGAGUAUAAUUGGAAUGUUAAGAGUAAGGCAACUAAAGGAUAUGAAGAAAACUACUUCUUUGUGGUACGGCAAGACGGUGUAUACUACAACGAGCUAGAAACCAGGGUGAGACUGAGUAAGAGGCGACAAAAGGUCGGCCAGGCACCGAGCAAUACUCGCCUGGUAGUAAAACACAGAAGCAUGAAAGCCGACGAGUUUAGAAUGCAUCGCUAUAGGGAAAAACAACUUGAACCUCCCGGUGAGGACGACGAGGAACUUGAAUUAGACGAACCAGAAGAAGAAUUAGAGGUGGCAAACGAAAGUCAAGCAGAAUCGGACCAAGAGGAGCAAAACAAGGAGGACAAACCUAAAGAGAGCGAUAACGAGAGCGAGGGCAAACAAUCCAGGGCGUCCUCGAGGGCGUCAUCGAAAAAAUCCGGAUCCAGGUCGCGUUCUGGAUCACGCUCCAAAUCCCGAUCUAAAUCGCGUUCCAAAUCGAAAUCACCAUCCAGAUCCAGAUCCGCUUCCAGUUCUCGCUCCAAGUCCAGAUCGAAAUCAAAAUCGGCUUCCAGGUCUCCCUCGAGGGAAAGAUCCCGUUCCAAGUCGGGAUCCAGAAGUAGAUCCCAAAGCAAAUCACCGUCCAGGAGUCGCUCGCAGAGUAAAUCGCCCUCGAGGUCACGCUCAAGGUCGCGUUCUAGAUCGAAAUCUAGGUCCAAGUCGGCUUCUAGGUCCAGGUCGGGAUCUAGGUCCAGGUCUGCCUCCGGAUCUAGGUCCGGUUCCGGGUCCGGGAGUGACAGUGAGUAGUAGUUUGAUAAGGUUUUAAAAACUAAUGUUCUUAUUGUGAAAUUGACAUGUCAUUUUUGUUGGAUAAUGUAUUGAUUAUUGACUUAUUAUAGAACAAUAAAGUUGGCUAAUAAUGUAGAAA